AUGAUCAGAAUGUUCCUGGCACACCCGGCAACCUCACUGGCACAGCUGUCCUCCACCCGCGUUUUUUUCUGCCUCCUCCUGUGCAUCCCUCCUGUGUGGACCUCCUGCCCCCAGCCCUGCCAGUGCACAGACCACUCAGGAGCCAGGGCUGUGCUGUGCAGCUCAAAGCAUUUGGAUGAAAUCCCGAAGGACAUUCCCAAAGAUGCUGUGUUUGUGAAACUCGAUGCAAAUAAAAUCACCCAGAUCCCCAACAACGCAUUCAAACACCUGAACCACUUGGAAGAGCUGGACCUCUCCAGAAACGCCAUUGAGAAGAUAGACAUGGCAGCUUUCAGAGGGGUGGCAGACGGGCUGCGGACACUGGAUCUUUCCAAUAACCUUAUUCAGAGUAUUCCCAAGGAAGCCUUAGUUAAACUGAAUGCUAAGAUCCGCCUGUCCAAUAACCCGUGGCACUGCGAGUGCGCGUUGCAGGAGGUGCUCUCGGAAGUGAAUUUAGAUCCCGAGUCGGUGAACGAGAUCACCUGCCAAACCUCUGUGCGCGAAGAAUAUGUCGGGAAACCUUUGAUCCAGGUCCUGGACUCUGGCGUCAAUUUCUGUAACAUCCAUCAAAAGACCACAGAUAUCGCCAUGUUCAUCACCAUGUUUGGCUGGUUCACCAUGGUCAUCACCUAUGUGGUGUAUUACGUUCGACACAACCAGGAAGAUGCCAGGAAGCACCUGGAGUACCUUAAAUCACUGCCUAGCACCCAGGUCCCCAAAGAGACCAUCAGCACGGUCCUGUAA